CCCUCUCCACACCUCAAACCAAACCAAGCCAAUUCUCAACAAUGGCGCCAUCACUCUCCCUCCUCUUCUCCUUCCUCCUCCUCGUUGCAGCGGCCUCCGCCGAUGACUACGGCUGGGAAAGCGCCCACGCAACCUUCUAUGGCGGCGGUGAUGCCUCCGGCACAAUGGGAGGCGCCUGCGGUUAUGGAAAUCUGUACAGCCAGGGGUAUGGCACAAGCACGGCGGCACUAAGCACCGCCCUAUUCAACAACGGCAUGAGCUGUGGAUCUUGCUACGAAAUGCGGUGCGAUGAUGAUCCUAGAUGGUGCCUAGCCGGCUCUAUAAUCGUCACCGCCACCAACUUUUGCCCGCCCAACAACGCUCUGCCCAACGACAACGGCGGCUGGUGCAACCCUCCCCUCCAGCAUUUCGAUCUCGCCGAGCCCGCCUUCCUCCAAAUCGCUCAAUACCGUGCUGGCAUUGUCCCCGUUGCCUUCCGCAGAGUCUCCUGUGUGAGGAAAGGAGGGAUUCGGUUCACAAUCAACGGACACUCCUACUUCAAUCUGGUGCUAAUCACAAAUGUGGCUGGCGCUGGUGACGUGCACGCGGUGGCUAUUAAAGGAUCGAAAACCGGAUGGCAAACAAUGUCGCGAAAUUGGGGUCAGAAUUGGCAGAGCAACUCGUUUCUCAACGGGCAGAGCCUGUCCUUCCAAGUGACCACCAGCGACGGCCGCACCACUACUAGCUACGAUGUUGCGCCCGCCGGAUGGCAGUUCGGGCAGACCUUUGAGGGUAGCCAGUUCUGAACGUUACGGCGGAAUAAUUAAGAGUUGUGAGCCAGAUUUGGAGCUGUGGUUGCUUCAUAUUGUUUAGCACCCGCUGUGGCCUUUCUCAUUAUAGUUAGGUAUAAUAGUUAACUAGAAAUAUUUAUUAAGAAUUUGUGCAGGUUAAAUGGGGUGUUAUGAGCUUGAUUUGUGUCAGAAAGGGGCCAUGGGAAAGGAGUUUCUAGAUUUGUCAUGUUGUUAGAGUAGGCUCUGAGAAAGGAGAUCUGGGCCUCACAUGGGUGAUAUAAAUUAGUGGUUCUAUUGAUAAAGAAAUUAUUGGUUGUUAGUCUUUACGAUGCUUCACUUGAUUGUUUGCGGCGCUUUUUAUUAAUGUGGGUUGUUGACA